AUGCUGGCCAUGUGUUGCCGCUUGCUUGCUAAGACGAAGACCAGGGGUGAGUAUGUGAGUCUGGCGAGGAUGAGGGAGGCGCUGGAUGUGGCUAGGAAGCUUUACGCUUUGCCUGAGGAGAGGAGAAAAUUGGAUGGGAGUAAAGAAGCUCGGUAUAGCUGGCAUAGUACGCUGCUGUACAGGAGAUUGCCAAUCGAAAUGGCAAUUAGACUUGGAAAGUUAGUUGUUGCGAAGGAGAUUUUGAGCCAGGCAUUGUGCAGUGAUGGGUUUUGUAACGGUGGGUCCUUGGAGGAAUUUUUGAUGGUUCCGGGUGUGUGGGAUGUUCUGCCGUUGCUGAAUGCAGAUGGUAAGAAGUCGAACCGUUAUUUCAUCCCGAAGAAAGAUGCGGAUAAUCUAGUGAAGGGCGUGGUUGACGCGUUGGAGCUUCGAGCAAAGGAAGGGAGGCAAUGGAGUCUGGCGCCAGGCAAACUCAGCUGGAGAAAUUUGCUUGAGAGGCUGGCAAGAGGAGCGUGGAAGGCUAAUAAGAGGGAGUACAAAGAAAUAGGUCUUCAUUCUUGGAAAGAGAUUUUGGAGCAGCCCGCUGGUGAAGAGGAGAUCGAGGAGGCUGAAGAAGAGUUUGGUGAGUUGCCAACGGAUUUCAAGGAUAUGUGUAGGGUUGCGAAUGGCUUCAAAGGUGGUUACCACUUUCUGGCCGGUGGUAUCUGUGGCAUUGAUUCGAUGUUCUUUGACGACGGAGAGACAGAACUUGAACAUUACGAAGGGGACUUCUACCCUCACGAGCUCGAUGUUUACAAAGAGACCCCGCACCAAAUGCUCCAACUGGCAUGUCAUGAAGACGCCGAUGGAUUCCAACACUAUAUCAUCCCACACAAGAUGUGGAAGGAUAUCGUGAAAGACAGAGAAGUCAAAGAGGGUGAAUAUCAGUACUGGCAUACCACAAACUGGUCAGGUUCCGCAAGUCGUUGGGAUACUAUCUGGGACUGGGUAGCUAGUCUUGUGGAGCAAGUGGAAGGGAUGGUGGAGAGAAAUGAGAAGGUUGAGCAUUAUGAUACUGAAGGGAAGCUGAUUGAGGGAGAGGAAAGCGAUGAUGAGGGCUGUGGAAAGGAGAGACAAGAUAAGGAUGAAACCACUGGAGAGAAUUGUCUGGAGCAAGACAAGAAGAGGAACACUAGCAAUGAAAGUGACGAUGACUGGGUGAAAGUGGAUGGCAUUCUAGAAUAG